AACUACACAAAGUUAGCCUAGCUUCAGGUAAAACCAAUGGGGAACAUGUACAGUAUAGCUAUAAGUUUGAAACGCUACGAAGCAGAAUAUUUGCGUUCGUAGGCUACGUUUCACAUUGCUGUGGCGUCUAAACACGAGGUGCGAGGAGAAUAUAGCCACUGUCCGGGUUGCAUAGGUUACGUCACUGUCGCGGCUGUGCUUUGCAGUUUUAGCUUUUUUAGCUUCGGCGCUAAUGUUAGCCGAAGCUAAGGGCGACGUCAUGCCGCAGCACGUCGCCUCGACAGCUCCGAAGAGUACAAGCCGCUUCUUACUUCUCUUUUGACCACCGCCGCACAGCCGGAAGAGUUGGCCAGUUAGUAGUACAGUAGUUAGUUGGUAGUUUUAGAAGGAGCAACACAAAGUAGACUGAAGGCGAAAACUUAAUUUCACCGUUGCCUUUUGCUUGGAAGUGCACGAUGGGGAUGUGCUUACCGUGCUUUGGUGGGGCAGUCGACGACGCUGUUGACACUCCAGAUCCUGAGACGAGGCGGCGACAGUUGGCUGAGGCUGCAGAAAAAAGACGAAAAGAGACAGCACACCGGGGUGUCAAAAACCCAGAAGCGGUUGAAAGGAAAAGAAAAAAGCAAGAAGAGAUUGAGAAGCAGAAGAUGAGCACAUCUGUUUCUGGGAGCGGCGGUGGGUUGAAGUGGCAGGUAGGCUGAAGUGGUGAGGCUCAAAAGGACCAAAACCACAGAAGGAUCACUGCGAGAAGUUUUGAACAGCUGUCCACAUCUGUAUUUAUGUUUUUUAUUUUCACAAAAGUUUGUGACAAACAGCUCAAAGUGCUUAAUACUGACCGAUUAGAUCUGAUUGGGGCAGGAAUAGAUCGCGCUUUAAUCUUGUUGCAAAACCAGCUGGACAUGUGGGUCAUAUUAGUAAAAAGUUGUCAGAAUGAAAGUUUCAUCAAACCAAUCUACAAUAGUAAGGGUCCCAUUUUUUCAUGACUUUUCCAAGCAUGAUUAUCCAAACUUCACAUUGUUUGGACUGCUUUGUUCAUGUUUGGCUACUCAGUGAAGUGCAAGGUUAAGGUUGAUUAUGUGCAGGUUUUCACUAAAAGCAUCAUCGCAGACCUUCAAAUAUUGCAUCAGGCUGAUGAAAUUAACACUACUUUUGUUAAUCUUAUUGUUAGCACAAUCUCACUUUGCUGCCGUGAAUUACACGUAUCACAAGCUACAUGUAUAACAUGCUGAAUUUGUGAAGUCCGUUGCCAUAUGUGAGCUUUUCUUUCAAGCACAGUUGUAUGUGAACGUACACUUGAAUUACCAGCAAGCUGCAGUGUGAUUAGAAUGUACUGAGAAAGUGAAGGACUAACACUUAAGCUAUUUAACUUUCAUUUUUUUCCCCACUGCUUUGGCUUAUCUGUAAGCGCUUUCGGCAAUCGGUCGCAAAGGGACGGAUAAGCCAAUGUACUGUAAUUUGCUACAAUAAAUAACGUUUCUGAAAUGACCGUGU